UUCCUUUUCUUUAGCCGUCAUUGACUGUCAUUUUAAUAUUUAAUUCAUGACGUUUUCAGUGUUUUUACUGUUUCAGUGUUUUUCAUCUGUGUCCUUUGAUUAUCAGAGAUUGUAGAAAAUAAACAAAGUGGCCUCUCCCGCAAUAUUCCUUAUUAUUGUUUAAUAUGGAUGAAAUUUUAACGUCACUUAAAAUCCUUAUUAUCGGAGAAACCGAUACUGGAAAAUCAAGCAUUUUGAUUAGGUUCGUGGACGAUGAGUUCAACGAGAAACUGUCAAACACAAUUGGAGUUGAUUAUAAAUCAAAAGAAAUCGAUGUCGAUGGAAAUUUGGUCAGACUGGCUAUGUGGGAUACUGCUGGACAGGAACGUUUUCGAACGUUGAGUCCCAGUUAUUACAGAGAUGCACAAGGAGCAAUUUUAGUCUACGAUGUCACCGAUAGGACUACCUUUAAUAAACUCGAAAAUUGGCUGAAAGAACUAGAAACUUACUGCAGGACAAACAACGUAGUUAAAAUGGUAGUGGGAAAUAAAAUAGACAAGCCAAACAGGCAAGUAUCCAGAGACGAAGGGAUGCAAUUUGCCAGAAGGCAUAAGACCCUCUAUGUUGAAAGCAGUGCGAAGACAGCAGACGGUAUCAAAUGUUGUUUUGAAGAACUAGUCAGAAAGAUAAUCCAGACCCCAGGACUCUGGGAAGCUUAUCAGGUAAUGUCACAAGGCACUGGCGACGGUGGAGCAAGAAACCGUAUGGGUAGAAGAGGAAUACAAUUAGUGGAUGAUCCUCAGACUCAAGAUCCAAGCAGCUGCUAUUGCUAAAUCGAGCGGUUCCGCUAUUGCCAAUAAAAAAUGCCGUAAUGGUUUACACAAUAAAAAGACUUAACGCGAGAGAUGUCACCUUCUUUGAUAAAUGCAAGUCUAUCUUUAUCCUGCUUUCUAACUAUACCUUGUAUAAUAAUUAACCAGUGAAUUAGUAUUCCAAAAAUCAUAACAUACAAAUUCUUAGGACCAUUUUGAUUUUGUACAUACAACGUAUUGGAAAAUAAUAAUUUACACCCUAUGUGCACUCCUC